AUGGCCACAUCCAGUAUACAGAAUGGUGCGGUCCGCCAGCUUGAACCACACUGGAAUGGGGGUUUGAUUGCAGCCUCAAUCAUAGUCUCCUUGCUAGGAGCAUUCACUUCCACUCAGAUGUUCUGUCAAGCCCGGACUUCGCGAUACUUUUCGGGAAUACUGGUCUGGACCAUUCUAGGCAGUUUAACAUUUGGCUUCUGUUCAAUAUGGAGUUUGCAUUUCAUUGCAAUGCUAGCCUGCGAGCUCGAUCUCCCAAUUGGUCUGAAUGUACCAUUGACAAUAUUAAGUGCUGCGUUAGCUGUGACUUUCACUUUUCUGGCACUUUUCUCAGAUCUGCUUCGGUCUCGAUAUCUUGAAUAUCUUAAAACACAGCGAAAGAGAAGGCGCACAAAACGCAAGCAGACCAGGGAUGAUUAUGUCGCGCCAGAUGAGGAAGGUAUGCAGAGUACGGAUGCUCUACUUGGUAACUAUCCAGAUGCCAGUAUGAACAGCACCGGUAGCAGACUGCUGUUGACUCCGGACGAAGCUUCACCUCCUCAACGAGAACUUCGGCGACAAGACAGCGAUGGAAGAACAAGUCUUGGUCCACUGGAGGCACAUUUCCAUGGCGUCAAUGGUAGUGCUGCACAACUGCCUUCACCCGCUUUAAGCAUUUCUCCAACCCGCGUGCUGGGUCCCUUCGCAUCAAUGGCCAAUGAAUCAUCCGGCGACUCUGUUGAGGAUACUGACAGUAUUCCAAGAAGCUCGAGCGAAGAUGAUCCUUCUCGCCGGUCGUCUGUGACAUUGGCUUCAAACAGUAGUGAUUAUUCUCUCCCUCGAUUUAUGAGUUUCAAACUUGCCCAAUCCACAACGACCGAAGCCACAAACGUGGUGGUAGGUACUGCAAAAGGAAUUUAUCAGGGCGCUACAUUGCGAAAUUUCUGCCGUGGUUUCAUCUGGUCCCUGGCCAUCUCGAGCAUGCAUUACAGCGGCAUCGUUGCCUUGAGGAUACCGGAUGGUUACUUUACCGUUCAACCUUUUGUCGUCCUUCUUUCUGCUUCCAUUAGUUGGCUCGUUUGCACUCUCGCCAGCAUCUUGAUUCCCAGAAUUGAGGUCAAUCUAGCCCAGCAACUAUUAUUCUCUGUUGUUGCAGCUACCGGUGUUGCGGCCAUGCAUUUUACUGGCAUGUGGGCUACUACCUUUUGGUCGCGGGCCGAGCCAACCCACAACAGAGGUUACCCACCUAGAUUAGCGAUCGCAGUUGGGACGAUUGCCAUCGGAACAUGCAUUCUUGCCAAUGGCCUUUUAGCUCAUACUGCCACGAUGGCACGAAACAAACUUGCCGAGGUCGUCCAGACCAAGAGAAAGUUAUGGGCGGCAAUUGCACAGAAGGAGAAUGCCGAGGCCGCAGCUGCAGCUCGAAGUGAAUUCAUUGCAUCAGCUUCCCACGAGAUCCGUACACCAUUACAUCAAUUGCAAGGCUAUGGUGAUUUGUUAGCGCGAACACCGCUGACCGAGGAAGGUCGUCUCUUGUUGCUUGCGAUCCAACGAGCGACUCGGUCACUUUCUAUGAUUACUGCGAAUGUUCUAGACUGGUCAAGAUUAGAAAAGGGCGAGGCGCAUUGUCGACCAUCCAGUCUCAACUUACGUCAAGUAUGCGAAUCUAUUCUCAACAUUCUUCCCAACCGGGAUGAUGAUGACUUCGAAACCGAACUCCUGGUGGUGGUCUCACCAGAAGUUCCCAACUCCAUUUUCCUGGACGAGACUUACCUUCAACGGGUUUUGAUGAAUCUCCUGACAAACGCUCUCAAAUUUACACACUCUGGCUACGUAUUACUCAUGAUUGAAUCGAGGGAUAAUGUCUUGAAUAUCAGAGUCCAAGAUUCAGGGUCUGGGAUAAGCGAGUCCUUCAUCCCUCAACUGUUUGAGCCAUUUAAGCAAGCUCAGACAUUGGGUGCCGAGAGAGGGACCGGCCUCGGUUUGGCCAUCAUUAAGCAACUACUCGAGAAGAUGCAGGGUACAAUAACUGUGGAAAGCAACCAUUUCCAAGUUGAAGGAAUCGGGCAUCAGAAGUCAGGCAGCACAUUCGGUAUCGAAAUUCCAGUGCCCACGAGUUCAGGUUCGCCCCGUACGAUUGGCUCAAUAGGUCUGGGUUGUAGUGAGGUGGCCGUCUUUGCUCCUUCCAGCGGUCGAUUCAUGGAAGGAUUUCGAAUGGCGUGGGCGGCUUUUGGAUUCGACGUCAUCCUGGCUGAUGCAGAUGAUAAAAUUCCUGAUUCUUGGAAGGCCAUAUGGACUGAUGUAAAGUUCUUGAGCACGCGCCCCAAACUGCUUGAACGUCUGCUCCGGCUCCAAGACCAGUUUGUCCUUGUGUCCUAUGACUCUCAAUUAGUGUUGGAUAAAACCGUCGGGUCUGUGCCUCCAUCGCAUAUUAUUCCAAUCAAGCGGCCAUUUGUAUGGCAUCGAAUUAUUGAAAGUGUGGCCAAAGCAGUACGAUCUGGGAAAUCUGCUGUCGAUCGAGCAGUCAGAUUUGCACCUGUGGUUGAAGUGGUGGAAGAGGGAACUCCGACCAUGGAGAAGCAAAACCUCCAGGGCUUCACUAUUCUUCUGGUGGAGGACAAUAAGAUCAAUCAAAAGUUGGGCGUUAAGAUGCUGAAGCUAUUAGGAUAUAAUGUCCUGUUGGCAGAUGACGGAGAAGAAGCGAUCGAGAAAGUGCUGGCGCAUGAUCUAGAAAUCGAUUUGAUCUUGAUGGACCAGUCUAUGCCACGCAAGGAUGGUAUUACUGCCACCAAACAACUCCGAGAGAUGGAGGAUACGGGAGGGUUAACUCGAAGGCGACCUAUUGUCAUGGCUACAGCUGUUGUUGGGCCAGAUGCUCAGGCCCUUUGCAUGUCAGCCGGAGCAGAUGCCUUCCUCACCAAGCCACUAUCGCUUUCACAACUUGAGCGAGCGAUGCAAAGAUUCCUUGGAUGA